AUUCCAGGUUGUCAAAAGUUAGCCAAAGAAUUGCUUACUCACCGAGAAAAGAAAGAGCUCUGAAAAUCUACACAGAUGAUACUCCCAACAGGACAAACGCUGAUGUAGACUAAGGGCUACAUAUAAGGCUAAGGAAAUAUAUUCUUUUGGUUUGAAAUGCAGCUAGGAGUCUCAAUAAGUUCCUUAUGAUUGGGAACUAUUUUGUAAUAAACUAUACCCAUUUAUCAUUAAAGUUGGGGAGGAGAUUGCAAGGAAUAUCUUCCUCUAAGAUGCCAAAGAUUCAUGAUGAUCUUAUCAAAAGUAACAAGCUACCAGGAUUCAAGUUCUCCAAAUAUUGUAGUGUCGCAGAUCAAUCAAUUGAUCUUUCUCAUAUUUAUGGAGUUAUUGAAAACAAGACAAAUGACUUAAGAAUCCAUAACUUAAAUGAGGUUGGAGGAUGUGACCCAAGAAUAUAUUUACUUAGCCUGAGAUGUGAAUUCAGCCAAAAAGUGCCACUAUUUAAAAUAUGUAACUGGAUAAAGUGUUGCUUCAUUAAUAUUAUUGUAGAGGAAAAUAAUUCAGGAAGCGUUUAAAUUGUGAAUUAUUUUUCAAUAACGUAGAAAUAACCAUAUAUCUUCUACCUUGACUGGAACGCUGUAAGUUUUGCCAACUAAGUAGAUGUAUAGUGUGUUCAUUGAAAAUCCUAUUGAUUUAUUGAUUUCA